AUGCCCGAAACGAGAUUACGCAACUCUACUACAUCUUCUUAUUUUUUCCACUCCAUUGCCCUAAUCCUCCUCUUCAGCGCCACCUCUUGGGCCCCAAAUAGAAAAGGCCAUUUCUGUAAAAAAAAAUCUUGGAUCCCAUCACUCUGUUCUCUAGUUUGUUCACUGGGUAUAAUCUGGGCUAUUCGGUUCAAAAUCGAAGUCGACUCCCACUUGGAGAAGCUACUGGAAAUAGAGAAAGAGGAUGGACAAUUGUUGGCUAAGUGUAUGGAAGAGUUGAAGAAAAAAGGUGUGGAAUUCGAUUUGCAAAACGAGGUUGAUGCUUUUAGAAGAGCUAAGAGUUUGCGGGUCGAGUCUGGCGGCUUGUUUGAGAUGGAGAUCUCGGUCACUGGUUGUCGUGAGGUAGUGGGGUUUUUGGCGACGUUGGUGUUGGAUAAUGGUGGUGGUUUUGUAUACACUGACGGUGCACUAGAGAUUUGGGUGGUGUUUUUGUGUGGUGGUGGCGGCGGUAUUUUCUGUGGUGGCUAUUUUGUGGUGGUGGCUGUUGUGGUGUGCAGUGGGUAG